AUGGUUAAAGCACGUUCUUUGUCUCCUGCUGAAAGGAAUCGCCAUAAUAUCAAUCGGAUAAACAGUGGGUCGAAUGGUAUUCAAGAAAAAAAGUCAAGGUCCGGAUCUCGAGGAAGAUCUCACGACAGGAAUCAAGGUUCCAGUCGAACCGAGAUAUUGGGAGAUAGCUCUUCGGAAGAUAAUUUACUAAUGACAACACACUCACCAUCGUGGCAAAGAGAUUUUAUCAGAGAUAAAUCUCCUCGGAGAAGAGGUGAAUACUCAUCUCUCAUUGGUGGGAGUAGGAGUCGAGAUCUUACACCAGCCAGAUCUGCCAGAUCUGCAGUAAUAUCGGGAAGGCCAAUAACAAUUGCAGAAGGUGAAGAACUGGACCAAAGUGAGCCGCUCAUUUUGCCUGUUUUCAGCGCCAGUUCCACAAAUUUGAGAGUUCCCGAUGAAUCACAGGCCAACGUAGUUCCAUAUCCGGCCGAAGAGAUUGACACCUAUGCUUUACCGGAUGGUCAAAGGCAGAGAAUUCAUGAAGAAAUUGAAGAUGAUUUUGAUAAGGAAUUCGAUCGGGAUAUUAGCUCUAAUUUAGGAAAUCGGGUUCCUCAUAAAGCAUCGAUACGAAGGAAGAUUGGAGUUGACGACAAUGAAACUGACGACGAAAAUAGUGCCAGCUCCCAAGGAUCCCUGUUAGAUGCCACCAUAAGUAACAAUGGUGGCGACCCUUUUACUGAGACUUAUCAGUUGGAAGAUCUUCAGCCACAUGAAUCUUCUCAGGAAGAUUCCAGUCAUCCAAAGCCUCGCAACUUUGUUGAUCUAGAGAAUCAGAAGAAGAAUUCGAAUCUAGCAGAUCAGCAGCCUAUGAAAGAAGCCAAAGAUCUUGUCGAUCAGUAUAUCGGUCGAGGUAGGAGUAGAUAUAGAGAUGGAUCUCAUAGCUUGUUGGUUUCUGAACCAGGAGACGAGAGCGUUCCUGAAGAUGGUAUAACAGGGUUACCUCGAAAGGUGAGAUCAGGGGUUACGUCCAAUCUAAUGAGGCUCAAUGAACCUGAUGAUGACUAUGAAGAUUACAGCGGCAGUGAAUUUUCUGAACCGAUAGCUAAUAAGCAUGAUAAGAGCCACAGCCAUCAACUUCAUCAUCCUUUCAAUAAGAUCAAGCCAUUUUCUUCCUCCACUUCGAGUCUUCAACCGAUUUUCUCCAAGAAAAAUCAUAGAAAAGUGAAAUCCAGCUUUGAUAUGCCGUCGUUCAGUCGUACUCCAUCUACCUUUGACCAUAACGGACAGCGAAGUCAUAGUGCGGAUCGAAUGGCCAAGAUGUUUGAUCUCAGACAUCGGUUCAAAAGAAAACUAGGUCGUGAUACUAGAGCCAGGAUUACUGUCCACAUUGCAGACAUUUUACAAAGACAACGAUUUCUUUUGACACUAUGUAAAGCUUUUAUGGGCUAUGAUCCUUCCACUAAAACUUCUGAUGUUAAAGUCGUCAGAGUAUCUCAAGGUUUCAAUCUUGCUAAGCUCGACGAUGCCCAUGAAAUUUACAAAUCUGUGGUUCAUGAUAGGAUGGGAGUCGAAGAAGCUUCCCAGAAGUUGGAUCAACUUCUGAACAUAAAGUCACCUUUUAAUCGUUUCUGGCUGAUUGUUUUCUACGGUCUAUCCAGCAGUUUUAUUAUUAUUUGGUUUGAUGGCUCCUUUAGAGAUAUGGCUCCCAGCUUUGUUAUGGGAUGUAUUGUUGGAUUUUUCCAGCUUGUUAUUGCCCCAACAUCAUCCCUUUAUUCUUCUGUCUUUGAAGUUGCAAGCUCCAUCUUGCUUAGUUUUAUAGGAAGAGCUAUUGGUUCUAUAAAUCACGGUAAGCUCUUUUGCUUCAGUGCCAUAGUUCAGAGUGGUUUGGCCAUGAUUCUUCCUGGUUACACUAUUCUUUCUGGUGCACUCGAGAUUCAGAGUCGAUCCAUCGUCUCUGGAACCGUGAGAAUGUUUUACGCAAUCAUCUUUUCCAUGUUUCUUGGAUUUGGUAUGACUUUGGGGUCUGCUCUUUACGGCUGGAUGGACAAAAAUGCCAUCGAUACAACUACCUGUAAUGCGGGAUCGGUUCUUCAUCCCGCCUGGAACUUCUUAUUCAUUCCUGCAUUCACUGUCUUUGCUACCCUAGGUGUCGAAGCACGUUUUUCACAGCUUCCUGUCAUGGUAAUCAUUGCCUGCGGUGGUUAUGCAGUUGACUAUUUCUCUGCCAAACACUUUGGAAUUACCCAGUUCAGCGCUGCCCUUGGUGCAUUUACCGUCGGUUUGUUGAGUAACUUAUACUCCCGAUUUGGUAUGCCCUUCCGUAGGCUCGGUUACUGCAGCUCUGCGUUUACUUCAAUGUAUCCCGGUAUUAUAGACUUGGUUCCCGGUAGUAUUGCUUCCAGAAAUGUGCUUGCUGCUGGACUAAAUCAGCUUAAAUCAGUUCAGGCAAACACUACUACUAGUAUUUUGGAUAGUAGUACGCUGACCUUCGGUAUCACCAUGAUCGAGGUUUCCAUAGGCAUUUCCGUUGGUUUAUUUUUAAGCGCCAUUUUUGUUUAUCCUUUUGGCAAGGAGAGAACUGGUAUCUUUAGUUUAUGA